AAGCCGAGCGGAGCCGCCGUCCCGUUCCACCUUCAGCCAUUUUGACAAUGUUGGGAGCUGUGGGACGCUGCUGCACAGGGGCUUUGCAGGCUCUCAAGCCCGGGGUUACCCCCCUGAAGGCUUUUACCGGAGCUCCAGCGGCGCUGUAUUCUCGCAGGGAUUAUGUCGCUCCCGCUGCUGCUGCCGCCGCCGCCAGCGGUCGCAUCGUGGCGGUCAUCGGCGCCGUCGUGGACGUGCAGUUCGACGAGGGUCUGCCUCCGAUCCUCAACGCCCUGGAGGUAGCCGGUCGUGAUUCUAGGCUCGUCCUGGAGGUCGCUCAGCACCUGGGAGAGAACACCGUGCGUACCAUCGCUAUGGACGGUACCGAAGGUCUGGUGCGUGGUCAAAAGGUUUUGGAUACUGGUGCCCCGAUCAGAAUCCCUGUGGGACCGGAGACUCUGGGCAGGAUCAUGAAUGUCAUUGGGGAGCCCAUUGACGAGCGAGGACCAAUCACCACAAAAACGACUGCUGCAAUCCAUGCUGAGGCCCCAGAGUUUACAGACAUGAGUGUGGAACAGGAGAUUCUGGUCACAGGAAUCAAAGUGGUCGACCUUCUGGCUCCCUAUGCCAAGGGUGGAAAGAUCGGUCUGUUUGGUGGUGCUGGUGUAGGAAAGACUGUAUUGAUUAUGGAGCUGAUCAACAACGUGGCUAAAGCCCAUGGUGGUUACUCUGUGUUUGCUGGUGUGGGGGAGAGGACCCGUGAAGGAAACGAUCUGUACCAUGAAAUGAUUGAGUCUGGUGUCAUCAACCUGAAGGAUACCACCUCCAAGGUCGCUCUGGUGUACGGACAGAUGAACGAGCCCCCAGGCGCCCGUGCCCGCGUGGCCCUGACUGGUCUUACCGUUGCCGAAUAUUUCCGUGAUCAGGAGGGACAGGAUGUGCUGCUGUUCAUCGACAACAUCUUCCGCUUCACCCAGGCUGGAUCAGAGGUGUCUGCUUUGCUGGGUCGUAUCCCCUCUGCUGUGGGUUAUCAGCCAACCUUGGCUACCGACAUGGGUACCAUGCAGGAGAGAAUCACCACCACAAAGAAAGGCUCCAUCACAUCUGUACAGGCCAUCUAUGUGCCUGCUGAUGACUUGACUGACCCUGCCCCUGCCACCACUUUUGCCCACUUGGAUGCCACCACUGUGUUGUCCCGUGCCAUUGCUGAGCUGGGUAUCUACCCUGCCGUGGACCCUCUGGAUUCCACUUCCCGUAUCAUGGACCCCAACAUUGUGGGAGCUGAGCACUACGAUGUGGCCCGUGGAGUACAGAAGAUCCUUCAGGACUACAAGUCUCUGCAGGAUAUCAUUGCUAUCCUGGGUAUGGAUGAGUUGUCUGAGGAGGAUAAGCUGACUGUAGCUCGUGCCCGUAAGAUCCAGAGAUUCCUGUCCCAGCCUUUCCAGGUGGCUGAGGUCUUCACUGGACACUUGGGCAAGCUGGUGCCCCUUAAGGAUACCAUCAAAGGAUUCAAGAGCAUUCUUGGAGGAGAGUAUGAUGCAUUGCCUGAGCAGGCAUUCUACAUGGUGGGUCCCAUCGAAGAAGUGGUCCAGAAGGCAGAGAAACUGGCCGAGGAGCAUUCGUAAAAAAAAAAUAAAUAAAAGGUGUCGGCAGGAUUUAAAAAAUAAAAUAAAACUGCAGAGGGAGGAGAAGAGCACUUGGUUUGUAAAGUCACAUUCAACAAUUGUACCUGUAUUGUCAGUCAGUUUGAAAUUAUAUUUAAUGUUUCCAAUAACAAAGAUGGAAAUAAAUCUGUCUUACCAUAAA